GGUGGUGCGAAAAAGCACCCAUUUUACCACAUUGUCGUUAGCGACAAGCGCAAGCCGCGUGAUAGUGGUUAUAUUGAGCGCAUUGGUUAUUUUAACCCGGUUGCUCGUGGUCAAGAAGUGCGUUUGCACAUUGAGCAAGAUCGCGUUGCCUAUUGGGUUGCUUGUGGCGCUCAACCAACGGAUCGUGUUGCGAAACUGUUGAAAGAAUCAGCUGAAACACCUGAUAUGAUAACGCUCGGAAAAAUUUCCGCUGCUUUUGGUAUAAAAGGUUGGGUCAAAGUGUUUUCACACACGCAUCAAUUAGAUGGGAUUUUGGGGUAUGCCCCUUGGUCUUUGAAGGUUGCAGGUGAAUGGAAGCCUUGUAAGUUACUUUACGGACAGGUGCAGGGUAAAAGUAUUGUUGCGCAAUUAGAUGGCGUGACUGAUCGUACCCAAGCUGAGAAGUUGAUCGGUUGUGAAAUCGGUGUUCCGCGUGAUCGCUUACACAAGCUGGAUGCAGAUGAGUACUAUUGGGCUGAUUUGAUCGGUAUGGAUGUGGUGACAGUUGACGGCGUA